GACAAAUAUCAAUGAUAUUUAGCUUUCUGAGAGCUGAACAAUUUGUUUAACAUUUUUAUUUUCGUGUAUCAUUGAAGCAUAAAUGAGGAAUAAGUGAAGAAGAAGAGAAAGAGAAAGAGAGAGGAGAGGAAAUCCCAUAGAAUAUAGUCCUUGAGCUCUACAGAGUUCAAUGCAUAAUGAAUUUAGUACACCGAAACCAGUCGUUUUGCAUCUCUUUAGAAUCGACCCCUGUCUCGCAAUUCAUAUUCUUCUUCAAUUCGUUAGGAAUUAGGAUAGGAUAGAGCUCAAUGCUAAUGAGAGAUUAACCACGUGAUCACAAAGUUCCGCCAUUUUUCCUGUUAUGGUUUUAAACGGAACGUACGUUAUAUGUGAAGUUUUGACAUUAGUCCGUUCUUAAAGGCUUUUAUUGUCUGUCAUUCAAUCUAAAAGCAUGUCUACUGAAAACUCGAUAAACGAGAACAACGAAGAAUAUUUGGAUAACGCAGGAGACAAUAGUCGGUCUUAUAAUCUACUGAAAACAGAAUACGAAAUAUGCCGGCAAGAAAAUCACGAUUUAAAAAGAAAGCUCGAAUUGAACGAGGCAAUGUUGCGGACGAUUCAAGAGACAAAUGAAUCCCUCGAACAUUCCCAACAACAAUUUGCUACGGAGAAACAAAAAGAAAUAUCAGUGCUUGAAGAAAAACAUCGACAUCAUACGAAAGAGUAUGAGAAUAUAAUUCUUAAUUUAGAAACCCAGUUAGCGGAACGUACGGAAGAACUAACAAAAUUACGGCAACAGGCUGAAGCAGAAUGCACGGGAAGUAAACCCACACCUGUUGCUGACGAACUUAAAACUCUUACCCUCGAAGCAGAGAAUGUAAGAUUAAGAAAUCGUAUCGAUGAAUUCAUGUCCACCAUAAAGGAAAGGAAAAAAGAUCUCGAACGUGCGGAGGAAACAAUCAAGUAUCUGAAGAGUCAAUGUAACACAUUCGAAAGUUCUUCUGAGAUGUUAAGAAUACGGUUGGAAGAGAAAAAUCAAGUCUUGGAGGAGAUUCGCGCGGAACUUGCUUUGCGACGCGCAGAAGCGGCAGCUUUCGAAAAUCAUCCUACUAGUGAAUUGUAUAAAGGUAAUUCGCUUUUCGCCGAAGUGGAAGAUCGUCGACAAAUGUUGAUGUCUACGAUGAGCAAAUUACGCGACCAAUACAGGGUAGUGAAACGCAUCUGCAAGUCGCAAAUUAUCGAAAUCAAAAAACUGAGAGCAGAACGUACUGCGACGCUCAGACAAUGGGAAGCAGAUUUUAAUAAUACAUUAGAAAACGAAGAGUUGAUUCAAAAAUAUAAGAAUAGAAUAUCAGAUCUCGAGAGUAAAUUGAAGACGGAAAUUGAUAAGAAUACUGAUUCUAAAGAACCAGAUUCUACUGCCACAAAUUUCGAGUACUUCCAAUUUUUGUUGAAUGCAAAGAAAAAGGAAAUAAACGAGUACCGUAUGAAGAUUGAGAGCCUUUCGACGAAACUCUUAAUAGAAGAAGAAACAAAGAGGAAUGUAACCAAGGAACUUCGUUAUUGGAAGCACAAAGCUUCUUCUUUGGAGGCUCAAUUGUGUGCUGCACAAGCUGAACAACAAUUAUAUCUUAUGGACGACGACGACGACAACGGUUUGUUAAAAGAAGUUAAUGAUUACAAAGGCGGUUUAGAAAGCGUUGUACAAUCGUUUCCAAACUCAGACAGUGACACUGAUACUCAAUUAACGGAAGAAGCAAAAUCCGAUUGCAACAAUACUACAAAAUUAAAUACUGUAAGAUUCCAAACGUCACUUAAUCUUAACGAAGAAAAAACUAUUGAUGAUAAAAAAAAUGAACAUUCCACUAAGAGUGUGCUUUUCACAAAAAAUACAGUUACUAAAAGCGAUAGUGUAAAUGAAAACAGGAGAAACUAAGAUAAAUUGUGAAUAUCCUGUUUGGUAUAUAGCAAAUUAACUUUUUUAUUUUUUAUAUGUAAGUAAUAAAGCAUCCAUGUUCUUA